AUGAUGUUCCCAUUGCAAGGUGCCCAGAUGCUGCAGACACUGGAGAAAGCCCUGAGGAAGAGCCUUCCUGAAUCUUUAAAGGUUUACGGGACUGUUUUCCACAUGAACCAGGGAAAUCCAUUCAAGCUGAAGGCCCUGGUGGACAAGUGGCCUGAUUUUACAACUGUGGUUAUCCGCCCUCAGGAGGAGGAGAUGAUAGAUGAUUUUGAUCACUACACCAAUACUUACCAAAUCUACUCCAAGGACCUCGACAACUGUCGGGAAUUCCUUGGCUCGCCGGAAGUCAUCAACUGGAAACAGCAUUUGCAGAUCCAAAGUUCACAGCCCAGCCUAAAUGAGGUGAUACAAAACCUUGCAGCCACUAAAUCUGUCCAAGUCAAGCAAACACGGUGCUUUCUCUAUAUGAUGGCUAAAGCAGUAAAGAAACUGGUUCCUUCCCUGCUGGACGUAAAGAAGUUAUCACCCAGCGGUGGCAAACCCAAGGCCAUCAACCAAGAGAUGUUUAAACUCUCCUCCCUGGACGCUACCCACGCUCCCUUGGUGAAUAAAUUCUGGCAUUUCGGUGGCAAUGAGAGGAGCCAGAGAUUCAUCGAGCGCUGCAUCCGGACCUUCCCCACCUUCUGCCUGCUGGGGCCCCAGGGGACCCCUGUGUCCUGGGACCUGAUGGACCAGACAGGAGAGAUGCGGAUGGCGGGGACCGUGCCUGAGUACCGGGACCAAGGCCUUAUCUCUCACAUCGUCUAUUCCCAGACCCAGGCUCUAGACAAACUUGGCUUCCCCCUGUAUUCUCACACAGACAAGAAUAACAAAAUCAUGCAGAAGAUGUGUUACAGGCUGCAUUACGUCCCCAUGCCCUGUGACUGGAACCAGUGGUACUGUGUGCCCCUGUGA